AUGGGGAUCAUUGGGAGCUUCACCCGUACUGUGCGAUGUGUUAUCUACCGUACAGCGUCCUACUACGGCAUGGGACGUUACCUCCAGUACCAAGCCAGUCCACGGCCUCUUGACCUUGCUAUGGCACCAGCUUCUGGAACUGUACCAAAAGGACAAGCUCCAAAUACUUUACUGCAACCUCUUAAUGCAAAGAAAUAUUCUAAUUUAUUUUCUUUAUACAUAAAUCCUUCUAACUCAGGAAGCAGCCAGUCUUCUCGUCCUCUUUUAAUGUUCCUUCCAUGGCUGGGCUCGAAGGCUAAAUCUCAUGAAAAGUAUAUCCAGCUGUACUUCAAGAUGGGCUUUGAUGUAUUGGUGGCAGAGAGCUCGCUAUCACAUUUUCUAUGGCCUAGGACAGGACUGGAACAUGCAGAACGGUUGUUAGAUCUUAUAAUGGGUGAAGAGGAUCUUUCUUCUCGAAGACUUUUCAUCCAUGCAAUGUCCAUUGGAGGGUACAUAUUUGCACAGAUGUUGGUGUGUUCAUCCAAGCAACAACGUGAGAUGUUGGAAAGAAUUCAUGGCCAGGUAUUUGACAGUCUUGUGGUUGGCAGCAUGGAAAAGAUGGCAACAGGUGUAGCACGCAUGGUCAGCUCUCCUCUUUUAGAGCCACUUGUGGUACGAGGAACGCUUCUCUACUUUUCACUACUAAAGGCUCAAACGACAGAUUAUUAUGAGAAGGGGAUUAGAGCUUUCUGGGACAAACCUAUCCCCUGCCCAGCCCUAUUCUUCUACUGUCUAAAUGACCCAAUGAGCGAUCAUGUAAUGGUGGAAGAGCUUCUGCGUUUCUGGGAGAAACAAGGGAUCAAAGUGCAGGGAAAGAAAUGGGAAAAUUCCAUUCAUGCAGCACAUUUAAGAAGACAUACAGAAGAGUAUACAGAAACCCUGAACAGCUUCAUUAGUAGUCUUCUCAACAAUGUGCCUAGAAGCAGACUGUAACUGGAACACUGAACCUUCCUCUACCAACAUUAA